AUGCUGAAUCUGGUGACAGCAGCGGGCCGAGUGGACAACGCUGCGAUAUACAAUCUCAUCAAGAUGCGCAGCGCGGUGACGGGAGUUUCAUUCGAAGAGGCAGCCCCAGCCAGGCUCUGUUUAAUGCGAAAAUCCUGGCCAGAUACCUUGAGACCUUUGUCAGAUACCGGUGAGCAUAUUACUCCGCACUGGGUAUCCGCAGCACGAGUAACGAUCACGCAGACCCCCCGGACUCACCAGUCCGUCGCCACUACGCAAUUUGGCGACGUUUACGACGCGGCCUUGAGAACCACCGAUUCCAGUCAGGUAUCCGGCGCCAUGCUGAAUCUGGUGACAGCAGCGGGCCGAGUGGACAACGCUGCGAUAUACAAUCUCAUCAAGAUGCGCAGCGCGGUGACGGGAGCUUCAUUCGAAGAGACAGCCCCAGCCAGGCUCUGUUUAAUGCGAAAAUCCUGGUGGGGUAGACCUGCUUUCCGACCCAAGGAUGUACCAGCAAUUUCCGGAUAUGACGAUAUCGAGAUGGACUCGAUACAUUCAGCCCACGAAGCCGACGGCGUAUGUGAGACCCAAAGUCGAGAUGGUAGUGACCACUCUGGACGGGUUCGUCGCGAUCAAGACUCAGGAUCGCCCCCUCACUGGGUGGUCCGCAGUUACGAGGGCGACAUUCGGUGCCCGUGUGACUGUCAUACCAAUUGCCGCAAACGAGCUGACGGACUAUGCUCUCUGGCUGUACGCUAUGAGCUUUCUGGACACGCGCGCGAGUGGACAUCACUUCUCGGAUUCAUGCCCACGGCUGAGAAGCGGAACGGAAUGCAGAUCAUUGAACAUUUUGCAAACAAAUGUUGA